UCCCCAAGUGAGAGUAGGGAUGUCAACGCCGAUUUUAGGGUGUCAGUUCUGUGCAGGGAGCGAAGGAAGGGCUGUCACAGAAUGGAAAAGGUCUGGAACUACUCGGAGAGGACACUCAGGAACAACUUCCUCAGGAGAGGAAAGGCGAGGCAGCUCCAUUGUGGGCCCCGAGGAAGGGAGACAACUUGGAGAGAGGGAGUGGGUUCCUCAUUAGUUGCCACCCAUCCCCACCGGAGGCCGCUUGGAGGGGCACGGGAGGAAGGCGAGACGUUUCUUCGCAGGCAUUAGAGAGUGAAACUGCCCGAGGAAGACACUUUCUUCUCGCACCCCCAGAGGCAGGAGCAGCAGCACUUUCCAUCCCUGGAUGACAAGCCCCAGUUCCCCGGGGCCUCGGCGGAGUUUGUAGACAAGCUAGAAUUCAUCCAGCCCAAUGUCAUCUCUGGGAUCCCCGUCUAUCGCGUCAUGGACCGGCAGGGCCAGAUCAUCAACCCCAGCGAGGAUCCCCACCUGCCCCAGGAGACGGUGCUCAAGUUCUACAAGAGCAUGACUCUGCUCAACACCAUGGACCGCAUCCUCUACGAGUCCCAGCGGCAGGGCCGGAUCUCUUUCUACAUGACCAACUAUGGCGAGGAGGGGACACAUGUGGGGAGUGCGGCAGCGCUGGACAGCACGGACCUGGUGUUUGGCCAGUACCGGGAGGCAGGUGUGCUAAUGUACCGGGACUACCCCCUGGAGCUGUUCAUGGCCCAGUGCUAUGGCAACGCGAGCGACCUGGGCAAGGGGCGCCAGAUGCCCGUGCACUAUGGCUGCAAGGAGCGCCACUUCGUCACCAUCUCCUCUCCACUGGCCACGCAGAUCCCGCAGGGUGAGGACUUGGCCCGGGCCUGGUACGCACAGACCAGCGUCGGACCCCUGUGCGAGCCCCAGCCCUUCUGCAGCCCUUGUGGGCGGCCUUCCGGUUGGUGCUGGGGUCGGAGCGCUGGUCCGGGCUGCAGACUUUCCAGAUACCCUUCAUCUGGUUGUCUUCAGAGGAGGGCUCCGGUUUGGCAGGUUCAAGCUGGCACGGCCACCACCCUCUUGAUUCCCCAAACGUGUGCCUGUCCCGUUUGUCCGCUCAGCAACAAACAACACUGUGUGACUGAGUGGGCACCAGCUUCCUGCCAAAGCAUCGUCUGGCAGGCAGCGAGAAGAGCAGGGACUCCGAGUGUGGAUCUGUGGCGCCAGAGCUGGGUUCUUGACCCCAGCCCUGCUCUGCCUCAGUCCUCCGAGCCUGACUCUCCUGAAGCUUACUCUGGAAGCCCAUGGUGCCUCGAGUGGUCCGAGUUGCUUUUGUCAAAGGUGACAGCUGAGAAGCAGACCCCUCAGGGGCCAGGCCUGCACCCACACAGCACAGAGACCAUGGGACCCAGCCUCGCUCCCUGCCCUCUGGACCCUACAGUCUGGCCGAGGGCCAGGCUCGGCCGCGGCUCUCUGCUCCGAGGUGGCCAAGAUACAUGCGUUGCGGUGGGGGCGGCCUAUGCGGCCAAGCGUGCCAACGCCAACAGAGUGGUCAUCUGUUACUUCGGGGAGGGGGCGGCCAGCGAGGGGGAUGCCCACGCCGGCUUCAACUUCGCCGCCACCCUCGAGUGCCCGGUCAUCUUCUUCUGCCGGAACAACGGCUAUGCCAUCUCCACGCCCACCUCUGAGCAGUACCGCGGGGACGGCAUCGCUGCUCGAGGCCCGGGCUACGGCAUCAUGUCCAUCCGCGUGGACGGCAACGAUGUGUUUGCCGUGUACAACGCCACCAAGGAGGCCCGGCGGCGGGCCGUGGCUGAGAACCAGCCCUUCCUCAUUGAGGCCAUGACCUACAGGAUCGGGCACCACAGCACCAGUGACGACAGCUCAGCCUACCGCUCGGUGGACGAGGUCAAUUACUGGGACAAGCAGGACCACCCCAUCUCCCGGCUGCGGCACUACCUGCAGGGCCGAGGCUGGUGGGACGACGAGCAGGAGAAGGCCUGGAGAAAGCAGUCCCGCAAGAAGGUGAUGGAGGCCUUUGAGCAGGCGGAGCGGAAGCCGAAGCCCAACCCCAACCUGCUCUUCUCUGACGUGUACCAGGAGAUGCCGGCCCAGCUUCGCAAGCAGCAGGAGUCCCUGGCCCGGCACCUCCAGGCCUACGGCGAGCACUACCCCCUGGACCACUUCGAGAAGUGAGGCCCUCUUGCCCCAGCCCACCCCCACCCACCUCAACUCCCCGGAGGGGCAGCCCCAUUCUGGGGGGUGCCCAGGGAGCUGCAGGAUGCCACCCUGCUUCCCCAGCCAGCCCCCUCUGAAAUACUGGGGCCAGGACUCCAGCCAACCAUCUCCACUCCUCCAGGCUGUUACCCUGGGUGGGGGUGGGGGGGGCUCCGUCAGCUCCCUCCUCGCCUGUUACAGUGCCUUCUCCCAGGGGCUGGGCCAGGACGCCUCCAGGACUAGAAGCCCCUCUGGGGUGGGCGUGACGGGUCAGCCUGUGGAAGUCACUCCCUCAAAGUGAGAGGUGGUCAGCAGGUGGCCAAUAAACUCUCUGUGUUUGGCUCUGUG